AUUGAAUUGUUUGUGUUGAAUUUAUUGCAGAAGUUGGAAAGAUGUUAUGGUAUAGUGAAUUCAUUGGUCAAUGGUUUGUCGGAAAGGGAGGCUAAUGAUGCUCUCAACACAUACGUAUGCAAAGGUUCACAGAAUCAUGAGGAGGUUCAACUUGGAUUGUUCUAUGCUAUACUGACAGCUCCUAAUCCUACACUGGCACAGAAGAAUUACAGAGAUAUUCAUUUAGUGAAUAGGGAUGGUUUUAAUACAGUGUUAAAUAGAUUGAAUCAGUUGAUAUAUGAGAAAUGGUUGAAGUUAAAGGACAUUGGGAGGGCUCAGAUACUGUGGCUGGUGCGAGAAAUGGUGAAAAAUUCUGUAACAGGAGCUGAUUUAGCAGUGAAUGGCUUAAUGAGACAAAUAGCAGGAGGAGAUAUAACACCAAAAAACGUAUGGCUUGCUGAAACAUUGCUUGAUGUUCUCUCUGAAUACAGGAGUUGGCUUGACAAGUUCCCGGCUCUUAUACCAAUGACAGUGUAUACAUACCUACGUGUGAUAGUUGACCACACGGGACAGAUAUUUCACAAUCUGAGACAGAGGGAGGCGGAGUUUAUAGCAUCACUAGUCAGGGAUAAGUGGACCGAUUGUUUGGUCAUUGGCCGGGAUCUGGUUAGACUGUUACAGAAUGUGGCAAGACUUCCGGAGUUUGAGUCUUUGUGGAGAGACAUGAUGUUAAAUCCGUCUGUACUUUGUCCACAGUUUACAGGUAUACAACAGUUACUUGUAACAAGAACGUCGCGGAAGUUUCUCAUCUCUCGUUUGACUCCCGACAUGGAGAAUAAACUUGUUUUCUUGACCACCAAAGUGAAAUUUGGACAACACAAAAGAUACCAGGACUGGUUCCAAAGACAGUACUUGGCCACUCCUGAAAGUCAAUCAUUACGCUGUGAUCUUAUUCGCUAUAUUUGCUGUGUUUUUCACCCAUCCAAUGAAUUACUGUGUUCUGACAUAAUACCUCGCUGGGCUGUGAUUGGUUGGCUCCUACAGACGUGUACGUCAAAUGUGGCCGCCUCAAAUGCCAAGCUGAGUUUGUUUUAUGACUGGAUAUUUUUCGAUCCAGAAAAAGACAGCAUAAUGAAUAUUG